GGAGAACAGAAAAUUUUCAUUACUCGAGAUUCUCUGGAACUGAACAGUUCGUGUGCUCCCAAAAAGAAAAUCAUAUAUAUAUUUUAUAUAAGAAAAGCCGAAGGAUGCCUACCAACGCGAAUGGCUUGGUUGGUGGUACAAAGAAAUUCUACGGCAAUGGUCGUCGACUCAAAGACGGACUCGAGAUCCGUAAGAAGACUUUUCGUACCGAUGUACGCCGAACAGCCGCACAAUUUGAUCCCUGGCUGCGCUUGCGCUUCCGCAGCAAGGGCUUGGAGGAGCUGAGGCAGGUGACGGCAGCCUUCGCAACCGAUAUACUGGACGAUAUGGUGGCCGUGCAGAUGCACGCCAGACGCACCACGGCGGGCGUCAAGCGGAAGCCGGUUAGGCGUUUGAGGAAGGAUAAUGUGAUGCCAAAGCGAGGACGAAGGAAAACAAAAGCUGGCCGUAAGACCCCGACGGCCCGAUACAGCCAAACAGUCAAGGGUAACCAGGCAGGCGAAACUAAGUUGUAGGAAUAACUGGGCAAGGGGUAACAAUGUGACGGGCGGAUGGAUUUAAAUAGGAAUUUACGUUUUGGAUGUUCGAUUUUAUCGCAAAAUUAAAACUUUGGCAACGCAAAAACACAAA